AUGGGUGACGUUGCUGCCGCAUUUGCUCAACAUGAAAUCACCCCGAAGAUCAUCGACAAUCCUCCACAGCAAAAGCUUCACCUCGUCUGGGAUGGCAUCAAAGUCGAACCGGGAAUGACAAUGUCAACAAGAAACCUAAAAAACGCCCCCCGCUUCACACUGCCCGGCGCUGACCCGGAGAGCACGUUCAGUUUGCUGAUGAUUGGUGAGUGUGGUCCGAAUGACCUGUUGGCGCCGACAGCGCGACAUUGUAAACGAAACAGCUGCUGA